AUGUCGCGGCAGCCAACCCGCCCGCGACUGAACACGGGAGCGUUUGGUGAUGCCGACACUGACGAAGCUGUUCUCGCUCAUGUUCGGGCGAGCAUGGCUGGCGAGGCAACGGCAAGUCUGGGCAAGCAGCAGUCACCCGGCUCCGCAGACGGCGACGACAAGCGGGAUCCGCCUCACCAGACAAGCCAUUCUCGGCCAAUCAAGGCGAGUCGGGCGCGGCCGAUGGCGGUCUCUGUCCACUCGCCAGGCAUCGGCUCGCCGCGGCCCAAUCCGAUGUUCACACCCACCAUGGGCUCCGGCCUCUCCACCUCGCCCGACUGGCCCUCGCCCACUGCCGAUCUGCCGACGGGCGCACCUGGCUCGGGCCUUGCCUCGCCACCGCUGUACGGCUCGCCGCCUCUGGUCCAUCUACGCGAGGAGUCGACCAAGCCUGACUCGCCAAGCUCGGCCCUGGCACGGUCAGCGAUGGCGGCAAGGGAUGCGGAGAUCCGCGGGGCCCAGGCCAAGCGCAUCACCGAGCUCGAGGCUGCGCUCGCUGACCUGCGCUCCCUCGCCGACUCGAUCCCCAUCAAGAACGCGCGAAUUGCCAAGCUGGAGAUCGAAAAUGCAGAGCUGAAGACUAAGGUCGAGCAGCUGGAGCGGACACUGCUACUGAUGUCGGCCUUUGAUGGGGCGUCAGACCCGCUGCUGGUGCCCUCGGCUGCUGCAAGGUCUUCAGCCUCGUCGGGCGCGCACUCUCUGGCAGUCGCGUCGCCGCUGACGACCCUGGAGAACGCACCGGCGCUGCUCUCGCCGUCAGCGCCAGAGUUUCCCAACACUGACCACGAUAUGAGCUCGAACGCGCCAUGUGCCGACAACGAAUUGGACCCGCUACCGUCCUUUGUUCAGCUCCCUUCAUCACCUCCUGGCACACUCGAGUUGGCGUCGCCGCGGUCGACCACUGCCUCGGCCCCGCCGUCUCCGCGGACCGAUACCUAUGAUCCCCCGCCAUCGCCGCGAUCGCUGGUGGGCAGUAGCGCGGUCUCGCCACGGACCGGCGACGCGGAGCCCGAGCCCGAGCUCGAGCCCGAGCCCGAGCCCGAGCCCGAGCCCGAGCCCGAGCCUGAGCCGCGAACUGUGCACGAGCUCACGGUUUGCCUUGUCGGGAUGGAGCAAUGUGGCAAGACGAGCCUCGCCGAGACCUUUGCCUACGGCGAGUUUCCUGCAGUGGCCGAGCCUACCAUCGAAGAUAUCAUGUUUGCCAGCCGGGCAGUCGGAGCGCGCGAAGAGUGGAAGCUGCGCCUUAUCGACAUGUCGGGCGACUAUCUGGCGUACGGUGCGCUAUGGGAGCAGCACAUUGCCAGCGCCGAUGCGUUUGUUCUUGUCUUUGCGCUCGACUCGCUCGACUCAUUUCGGAUGAUCUCGGUUUAUCGGCGGCUCAUCAUCGAGAUGACCGGUGAUCCCGCGCCGCUGAUGGUGCUUGUGGGGACAAAGAGUGAGUGCACGCCUCAUGCAGUCCCGCACAUCGAGCCGUCAGCCGAGGCAUUUCUGUACAACAUCCCAUAUCAUGCGGUGUCGGCCGCGCAAGGGCUCCACGUCAACGAGCCGUUUGUUGACCUCGCUCAGCUGGCGUCCAAAGCGCUGGCCUCGUCGCGGCUGCUGUCGGCGGCGUCGCGUGCUGCGCGCAAGGUCGGUUCGGCGGCGGCCGCCGCGUCGCGUUCGGCCGGUCGCAGUUCGAUCCGCGAGGGUGCAGCCCUGGUCCGCCUUCGUGUUGGCGUCACUCGCAAGCGCAAGUGGGUUCCGGCCUUUCUCGUCCUCACCACUUCGACGAUUGCUUACUACAAGAAUGAGACCAAGCGAGUCGAGGGCAAGAAGCCGCUUGGUGAAGUCGCGGUGGUCGACACCGUCCCGCUAACUGUCAUGAGCCUCGAGGACGAGACGGACCUGGCGGCAUACUACUCGACAGCUGGCGAUCUCGGCGACGUCGACCUUACUGUCAUGGACCCGUCCGACGACGAUCACGUGCCGCCGCUGCCAGACGUCGUCGACGACGCCAUCGACGAGGACGAGCACGUUGUCCGCAUCGUCUACGCCAAGGGCGGACGGAGCUCAAAGCAGAACAAGCUCAAAUUGGCGUUCCCAUCGCGAGUUGUCAAAGACGCGUGGAUUUCAGACGUGGCGGCUGCUCAGGCCCUGACCCGAUGCAUCGGCGUCGGGCUCGACUUGCUCUUGGCGCGAUACCCUCGUGACGCGGGUGGCAACGUCCAGCUCGUUCCGCUGGUUGUCCGCCGUGUGGCACAAUUUCUCGAGGAUUCCAAAGUCAAGCGAAUGCGGGUCAUCGGCCUCUACCGCAAGACCGCCCCGCGUGCCAAGGUGCUCGAGCUCGCACUGCGGCUCGACGCCCAGACAUGCGACUUGCACGAGCUUGUUCACGAAGACCCACAUGCCAUUGCAUCUGUGCUCAAGCUUUUCUUACUCGAGCUUCCGGAGCCGCUGCUGACCUGGCGGCUCUACCCGGAUCUCAUCGAGGUCAUGGCGGCGCACUCGCCGCAAGCGCCUGCGGCGACGGCGUGUGCGCUGCGACAGGUGCUGGCGCAGCUGCCACCAGGAAACGCCGCGACCUUUAGGUUUGUCAUGGACCACUUUGCGGCCAUCUGCUCCGAGUCGGAUCACAACAUGAUGAUUUCGUCUGGCACCGCACCGCCGGCGCUGCGCCUGCUGCAUCGAUGA